UAAUUUUUGCCCGAAUUUGAGGAUUUUCUCCAGCACUAGGGGGCAGUUACCCCCUCUCCCCGCUCCCCCCCAAUCUCCUCGUCUCGUACGCUUAUACUUAGGAAGAGAUAUUUACACGCCCUUGAUGCUAUUACUAAAAUCAGACAGAGAUGUUUUUUUCGGGGUUUUUUUUUCUUCUUUUUAUUUGUUUGUUUUUGUUUGGGUUUACCUCUAUCCGACCUGUCACUGUAUCUGUUUGAUUCUUUCAGAACGCACAAACCCGCGAUUCACCUAAAUACCAGUAUGCCGUCAGAUGGAAAUCGCCUUCCCAGUUCAACGGGACCAAACGCCAGCAGUUCCUCAUCACUUCCCGUGUACCACGACGUUAGACCAUACGACCACAAUGACGACGACAACAACUCGUGCGGGGAGUGCUGCGGUCUGAGUUCUCUUGUGAAAAUAUUCUUCUGCAUCAACAUCAAGCGAUCGUCGAGAAUCAAAAUACUCUGGUUUUGGAUUAUUUCAGCAUCAGUGGUCUCUGGGGUUUUGCUUAGUCAGAUUGUGUUUGGGCCGGUGACGUCGAUAAUCGCGCCAACGGACAUGCGCAUUGUGGACAGGAAAUAUUCGACGAUAUUCUGCGAGAGUCUCGUUCUUGAGUCACAGUGGACUACUUUCAGCGCGUAUCUUCUUCCGGAGAAACCGGAAGUAGUUUUCAACAAGCUCGAUCGUUUCGAAUUCAAACGGAACGAGUUCCUCUAUGAGGGAGAAUACAAGUAUUGGAGUUUCUAUCUUCUCCAAGAGUCGCAGGUGACCAUUAAGAGUUGCGCCGAUUUGACGGUGGAUCUGUAUGUGAUCCGAGGUCGAGACAAUCUGAAACGGUGGCUGAGGAACAAAUAUUGUGACCACUGUUUCGUAGAAAAACAGCUGAUAAACAGACCGUGUCCCAUCAGAGAGACUUACAGCUUCACUGCAGACGUCACAGACGAGUACUACUUCGUGUACAUGAACAGCCACCAUAAGACGUGGCUGACUCUCGAGAUCGUUCUGGAGCGGACAGUGUACGACACGUCUCAGUGUCGGGACAGGUGUGUCCAGUCUGUCCGGUGCUCCUUUGACCUGGACGUCGAGUCGGACCAGGUGGUCGUCUACCAGAUCAGUAACGACGACCAGAAGUUCGAUUUCGACGACAUCACCAUCACCACAACCUGCAGCCCGCGACUCUGGGUCUAUCUCCUUCUGUUUUUGUUUCUUCCUUUCUCGCUGGGCAUCGCGUCCUGUUCUCUCAUCUUCAUCUUGUUCAAGGAUCCCAGAAAUUCCUUACUACUGUCGUCGGCGGCACGGGCGAGAGUGGACGGACGGACACGAAGAACAACGGAACAGUUCUUUACCGAACGGAGUCCCCUGCUGUGGGGCCAGGUGCCGUACCAACCGGCGGUUCCAGUACGUCCGCCAAAAUACGAGGACGUAGUUCAUGGGGACUGUACGUCGCCACCUUCUUACGAAGAAGCUGUUGGUUGAAUGGCUCCACGUGGUGAUGCAAUGUCAUUGGACGGCUCAUAGUCACGUGGCAAAGAUUCCGCCUGCUUGCCAAUCAACAAUGUUUGUUAUUUUGUCAAAGAGUUAUGAUUAAAACUUCUUCAGUGCCAAAUUGCCGUGCAUUUGAUAGCACAACUUUACUUUUUAAACGGGUAAGGCAGUAUUUGAAUUAACAUACACACUAUUUAUUGUUUUCAAGGGCGUAUGAGUAUGAGCAAGGUUUUUUUUUUUUAACACCCCCCCCCCCCCCAGCUCGGUGGUGUAGUUGUUAAGCCAUCAGACUUGAGACUGAUAGGUACUGGGUUCGCAUACUACUACUGGCUUCUACCCACAGUGAGUUUUAACGGCUCAUUAACCCCAUUACCAGUUAAUCAUUAACUCCCUGUCCUGGACAGAUCCCAGAUAGCUCAUGGGUGUGGUCUGUACAACGUGCUUGAACCUAAAUUGGAUGUUAGCUCGUACAUCAUGUUAAAAUAAAUCGGCAAUUUUAAUACUAAGGCAAAUCUAAAAUGUCCCAUCUACAAUUAAAAACAUUAAUAGAUUCAAUUAGUCAAUAUGAAUGAUUAUUACAGGCUGUCCAGCGAUCCUACUUUUUCUCCUUUUUUCGUACGUUUUGAUCUCUGUCCCAUUUUCCCUACUUUUUAUUCAAAAUGUUUAAAACUUUUUCCUACUUUUUUGCUUUUGCUUUGCCAUGCUCAAUUAUUUUAAAAUUUAAAAUUAUUAAAAAGUGAACAUAUCGUUUGUCAUUGUAAAAGUCAACAAUUAUAAGAAAUAUUUGCGUCAAGAUGCAUCUCCCAGUUUGGGACACCAUACGAUUUGAACAUACUAAAAUUAAAUUAUAUAAAAACUAAGAAAUGAGCGGUUUAUUAAAUUAUAUAAAAACUAAGAAAUGAGCGGUUUUUUAUUCCAGUUUGUACAUAAUUAGCUGGAAAAGAUUUUCAUAUUCAUAUGAUUAUAUUAAAGAGACAGACCCUAGUUUUGCAGGGCCGUACCCUGAUCAAAAUCCUGGGGGGGGAGCGCUACUUUUUAUAAGCAAAUGAAAUACUAUACAAAUUAAACCCUGUGAUGUAUAUGCUAUUUUCUGGAGUACAAAAAAAAAAAAAAAAGUGAGAUUGUCAGGG